AGAUGAUAUUUGUGGUUGGAGUUGUAAACUAAAACAAUAUUAAUAAAAAUAUAUUUGAAUAUAUUUCUACUGAAUUUUAGAGUAAUGAAGAAAAAAAAUAGAAAGAAUAAUUAUAAAAAGACUUGAAAACUACAGAAUAGGAACUUUCAAAGCAUAAUAAUGCACUUCUUAUUAAAAUUGAUAUUUUUCAUUUUGCUGUAUUAGUCUAUCCUAAUCCUAAUAAUUCAUACUGUUUAAGAAGUGAGGAUCUAGAAAAUUUAACUUUCUUUGAUUCAUUUCUACAAUAAAUUGAAUUCUAUGAAAAUAUUUUAGGCUAAUUAAAAUUUGUAUAAAAUAACUGGAUAAUCAAUCAAUUUCAAGAUAAUUAAAUUCUUUUCUAAAAAGUUAAUCGUUAUCCUGACUUUUUUUAAUUAAGAAUUGGAUAGACUAUUUUAGUGAGAAGUAAGAAAGCAAGCCUAAAUAUAAGUAUAAAUUCAGUAGAUUAAAUUUAUGAUUGA